CCCCGGGCGCCAAUUUUGGAUGAGUAGAAGGACAGGCGGUAGCUCAGUCGCGGCGGUACGGUGGCGCCGUGGAGAUUCGGGCUUCCCGAUUAUGCUGACGGUCUCACGCCCUCCUAGCCUCCGUCUCCAUUGUUCUUCGUCCCAAAGGAAGCAAACUGACCAGAAAAAUGGCCGAUAUCUGAGCCAGCGGCAUAAGAAACAACGUUCUUCUACUCUCUCCUUCCGGAAGUCAUCUCCGACCCCUCUCCUCAUCAACCACAAGCCCUCCCCUCAGACCAAGCUCGAAGCCCUCGACGCUGUGAUCAACGACCUCGAAUCCUCCAUUAACAAUGGCAUAACGAUCGAUACGCAAACCUACGCCUCCCUACUGGAGACGUGCUACCGCCUGCGAGCCCUCGAUCAGGGAGUCCGCAUCAACCGGUUGAUCCCGCCCAACCUCUUGCGCAAGAACGAAGGCCUGUCUUCGAAGCUGCUCAGGUUAUAUGCGUCGUGCGGUCAGGUGAAUGGAGCUCACGAGGUGUUUGAUAGAAUGUCUAGGAGGAAUGUGGCAGCUUUUCCUUGGAACUCCCUUAUAGCGGGAUAUGCAGAAUCGGGUCAAUACGAGGACGCUAUUGCACUUUACUUCCAGAUGGCUGAAGAGGGUGUCGAGCCUGAUAGGUACACCUUUCCUCGUGUGCUGAAGGCGUGUGCUGGAAUCAAGUCGAUUCAUAUUGGCGAGGCGGUCCACCGGGAUGCCAUCCGUUCAGGUUUUACAAAGGAUGAUUUCGUCCUCAACUCACUGGUUGACAUGUAUGCCAAGUGUGGUGACAUUGUGAGGGCGCGGAAGGUAUUCGAAAAGAUUGUGCACAAAGACAUGGUCUCGUGGAACUCCAUGCUGAUGGGCUACAUUCGUCACGGGCUUUUGUUGGAGACCUUGGACAUAUUCCGUGAGAUGCUAUUUCAGGGAUUUCAGCCCGACUCAAUUUCAUUAUCCUCUAUUCUUACGGGGAUGUCAUCACUGAAGCUUGCUCUCCAAGUCCAAGGCUGGGUUGUUAGGAGGGAAGUUCAGUGGAAUUUAUCCAUAGCCAAUUCUUUGAUUGUUGUCUACUCCAAUCAUGGCAUGUUAGAUAAAGCGAGGUGGAUAUUUGAUAACAUGCCCGAGAGAGAUACCGUGUCGUGGAACUCUAUAAUAUCUGCCCACACGAAGUCUCGAGAAGCCCUUUUAUAUUACGAGCAGAUGGUGAGGGAUGGUGCUAAGCCUGAUUGCAUCACAUUUGUUUCAUUACUUUCGACUUGUGCUCACUUGGGUUUAGUAAAGGAUGGGGAGAGGCUAUUCUCCACAAUGAAGGAGAAGUUUGGGAUAAGUCCGAGCAUGGAGCAUUAUGCAUGUGUGGUAAAUCUCUACGGGAGGGCCGGGAUGGUGUAUGAGGCAUACGCCAUUGUUGUUGAGAGGAUGGAGAUUGAGGCGGGCCCAACUGUGUGGGGAGCUCUGUUACAUGCUUGCUGCCUUCAUAGGAACGUAGAGAUUGGAGAAAUAGCUGCUGAGAAGCUAUUUGAAUUGGAGCCUGAUAACGAGCACAACUUUGAGCUCCUCAUAAGGAUUUACGAGAAUGCGGGAAGAUUGGAGGAUGUGGAGAAGGUGAGGAUGAUGGCAGCUGAGAGAGGAUUGGAUUUUUUACAUUCUGAUGGCCAGAAGCAUCGAACUCGAAAUACUUCAUACUAAUUAAAGCUUUCUAUAUGGUCUGGGGCAUUGUCUUGUAUCAUUUUUCUGCUGCAAGUUGUAAUUAUAUCAGUAAGGAUGAUACGUGGAUUCAGAUUUUGCUGUUGUGAUUGAUUGAUGGGUGCGCCGCUGUAAUUUUUUUUUUAUAACUAGAAUACAUUAUUAGCAAAUUGAUUACGUGAAGUGUUGAAUUUGAAUUUUAUCA